AUGAAAAAAGUAUGUGCAAAAUAUUUUCAAGGUCGUGGACAAAAAUCGUAUGCUUAUACUCAUAGUGUUGAAAUUGAUCAUCAUGUAUUCAUCAAUUUACAUACAUUACAAUUUUAUUGUUUGCCCGAUAAUUAUGAAAUAAUUGAUUCAUCAUUAGAUGAUAUAAAGUAUGUUUUAGAUCCAACAUAUAAAAAAGAACAGAUUGAACAGUUAGAUAAAAAUGCAAAAUUGGUUCGUGCCUAUGAUGGAACGCUAUAUUUGCCAGGAAUUGUUGGUCUUAAUAAUAUCAAAGCAAAUGAUUACUGUAAUGUUAUUUUACAAGCAUUGAUCAAUGUGAGUCCAUUACGUAAUUUUUUUCUUGAAGAAGAAAAUUAUGCAAACAUUAAAGUUGCACCGGGAGAUAUUAUGGUAAAUUUAGUUAAACGUUUUGGUGAAUUAGUAAGAAAAUUAUGGAAUCCAAAAAAUUUUAAAGCACACGUUUCGCCGCAUGAGAUGUUACAAGCGGUAGUUAAAUGUAGUAAAAAAAAAUUUCAGAUCACACAGCAAGGUGAUCCAGUUGAAUUUUUGGCAUGGUUUCUCAAUGGUUUACAUCUAACAUUAAAUGGAACAAAAAAUCCAAAUAGUAGUAUUAUUUAUAAAGCAUUUCAAGGAAAAAUGAAAGUUUAUACGAGAAAAAUACCUCCUAUUGAUUUGGUAAGCGUAAAAUUUAUUAAAAUUUGUUAG